UGGACGGGUACCUCCUCGUGGUGCAGGGUGUGAGUAACCUGAUUCCUUAUCAGGUGAAACCAAAUCCCGUCCCUAACAUAUUUACACAACAAAUACGCAGCUCUGGGUCAAGAACCGAGAGUUGUUACCCACGCCAUAUUCCUCUUACCCCUGCCUUGAUUGAAUUAUCUAUCACCAGGAGCUUACAAUUCCAUAAACACAAAUGGGGGCGCAGCUUUACCAAGACGUUGAUAUCGAGACCGCUAGGUGCCACACUGUCACCGUCUAGGAACGUACGCACGCUGCCUCGGCUCAAUUGUUGAUGAGCACAACCAGAACACUUCGACGAAUGCGGGAAACAAGUUACACAACCAGAGAGAUCCCCCUACCUUAAGCUGGACAACGACAUUAUAGACUGUAUGAGCAAGGGAAGGCAUCUCUCCCCAUCCAAGGCUCCUAAUACUCGAACUCUUGAAUCUACCAACUGAGCUCGCCUGGAUGAGUAACAGUCCAUGCACCUCUACUAGGCUUGGGUGGUUGACGUCGGUACCCAACCAGCGACUGUGAUGUCCGCGGUACUCGAGGGGUCCACCAGACGAUGGGGCUUGAAUUUGAUCCCACAAUGCCGGAAGCAUUGGGCUGAUCACGGUUGAACAAACCCCAAAUCGAAAAGAACGGAACGAGUUUUAAGGAACUCUAGCCUCAAGACAUGUCCAACGACCAAGCCAGCUUUGACCAACUACGAUAAGACACAGAAGACCUACUGGUAUCUGAGCACAGAAAGGUUAUGUCUCGCCGAGGAACGCCUUCGAAUAUCGAUCCAACCCAAACCCUAGUUGCCACCUGGCCUAUUGUUGUUGGACACUCGAAUACCCCAAUCGAGGGGACCACAACUGGACAUAUGUUUGCGGUCAUCGGCACCGAUCCCGUCGUAUAAAGAUUCUAGAGGUCUACUAGAAAAGAGAAGAUGUGGGGAAAUUUUCUGGAGGUGGACCGCUUAUGCCAACAUCCUCAACAUAUGCCCCGAAGAAUUGGUGUUUUAAACCAUGCUGCAAGAGGAUUUGUCUAGCUCUCCGAGCAGUGGUUCUCACUGUGUCUUGGUCCGUCGAGCGCAUUGAGGCUGGCUUUGACGAAGCACGAGGCCGCUGAAUGCGCGAGUUUAGGUCUUGUUGAAGCCUUUCAUAGGGACCACAGGGCAUAUUUUGGGUCAUAAAAUGCGGAGCAUCUAUGAGCUUUACGAGAUGGCUCAUUCCACGGGUGGCGGCCGCCAUUUGUCCGCUUGACGCAAAACUACUGGACCACAUACGUCUUGGUAGAGAACCCCGGGCUCGAUACAGUCCAGCAAGAAAUCGUCAGAAAUGGCGGAAAAGACGGUUUUCUUAAUAAAAAGGAAAAAGGAAAAAAGCAACACAAAAACAAGAAAAUACCCCUCAAAAAGGAGAUGCCAGAAAAACAGAGGGGAAACUACAAGGAAAGAGGAGAAAGAAAAAGGAGGGAUAUAUAUUUCUCCUUAGUAGGCGCCGUAGAUCUGCCUUACGAGCGGAAUCGACGACCUACUCGACUGCGGGUCUUGCGUCUUCGGCCGGAAGAAACAAGUUCAUGGGAAAAGUCCCAUGGAGGGAACCCAGGAAGAAGACUGGGAAAAGUCGAUACCGGCCCUAAUUAAAGAGGGGAACUUGAAACCUGGGGCCGUUCCACGGUGGCUGUGACGAGCACGGGGUCAAAUAUUUCAUGGGCCUCUGGAAGAAGAGAAGCGUAUUCUAUAAGAGAAUCGCCUUAAAGAAGAAAUGGAAGAAGAAGCUAAAGAAGAAAAGAAAAGGAGAGGGGAAGUAAUGAGAAUGAGAGAAUGGACCCGGAGGACACAGGCACACCGUGGGGCCCGGAGGCAAACCUGCUGCAAGAAGAUAAUUUCCCUCCGAAUUUCGAACAAUGGCUGGCAGCGAAAAACGGCAGGCUCCGGGACCAACUGCAGCGAUUCACGUCCGUCUUCGAGGUUAUCGAAAAUCCCACAUGGGACGUGAAGCCAUGCCACUCUCAGAGCCAUGUUACGGCCUCGGAAUUGGAUUGCCUUUCUAAAAAGGGCCAAAAGGGACGUGGAAAUCGGAUGUGCGGAUCCGAAAAGAAGAUCAGCGUCGACGAUAUGCUGAUCUCGUGUAUUUGGAAGGGGAGAAUAGGAAGAGAAAAAGGAGGGACUGGAGGAUAGAACGAGGGAAAGAAGACGAAGGAAAAAAGGAAAGGGGAAAAAGGAGAAUGGGAGAAAGAAAUGGAAAGGCGGAUGAGAGAACGGAGGGAACAUGACGACGGCGAGGGGCUCGAUUUCCAGGCCGAGAUGGUCAUAUAUCCGUUCUGGCUGAUGCUGCGAUAUCCCCCUGAGGACUGCUCCCUUUAUGUCGGCAGAAUCGGCACUCUACUUCCUGUCGACCAGAAUUCAAUUCUCCCACCCCUUCUUAGAUAUGCAGUAACCCUGUCUGUGGUCUAUGUAUCAUAGAUAAGACUUCUUCUUGGCAACAGGUGGCGACUAUAGAGAGGUUGAAAGCAAUCGAGGCCAUAGUCGUCACCCGUUAUCAUCAAGAGGUCCUAUCUAUGACACAUAGACUAUAGACGGGGUUACUACAUAUCUAAGAAGGGGUAGAGAACCUAACCUAUCCCACGAACUCGCGGAUCUAGUCGGGUAGAUAUAGGUUGAUUUCGUCCAGGUAGACUUAAAGUAUGUUAGUAUUAGCCAAAACGGAUACCGUGGACG